AUGCUGUCGUCUCAGCAAAAGUUUUCCAAGCUAUUUAGACCUUGGGACAUUAGUGAAAAUCGAAAACAAAUGGAUGCUAAUAGUGAAACAGACAUUCAACAAUCAACGACGAAAAAACGUCAAUUAGAUGAAAAUAAGCGUGAAAAUCGAUUACGAAAAAUUCGCGGUACAUUUAAGAAAAGUGAUGUUAAUCAAGAUUGUACUGUUUCAACGACAACGGAAGAUAAUGUAGACAACAAACAAAUCAAAGUCGAUGAAAAUACGGAAAGUUCAGACGCAUUUGAUUCGCCCAUGCAUAGCUUAAGCCUGUGCUGUGACAGACUUCUUGAAGAACCAAGUAAUACGAUUAAAGACGAUAUCAAACCUAAUACGAUCAACCAGAAAGAUAUGCAUGAAAAUUUCUUAACAACGUAUCCUUCUACUGUCCCACAAAAUACUGCACGCUAUCCAGGUUACAUACCAGAUUAUCACGCUGGAGAUAUCGCGCAAACCUUAGGCAUUCCACCAACCGACCCCCUUCUGCUCGAAUCCUUCGCUCAAGGAUACGCAAUGGAACUAGAGUACGCCAGAAUCCUACAGCAAGAAAGCGAAGCCAAGCUUCUAAACGCGAGAAAGCAGCGUCCGAAGAAGUACAAGUGUCCGCACUGUAACGUAGGUUUUUCCAACAAUGGACAAUUGAAAGGGCACGUCAGGAUUCACACGGGCGAGCGACCAUUCAAAUGCGACGAAAAGGAUUGCGGAAAAACGUUCACAAGGAACGAGGAGUUGACGAGACACAAGCGCAUACAUUCCGGUGUCAGACCAUACCCGUGCCAGACCUGCGGGAAGAAGUUUGGGAGACGGGAUCACUUGAAGAAACAUACGCGCACACAUUUCGUUCAGGCGGAGAGAAUGAUGCCGGUUUUCGUGCCUCUAUCCGCGAUGCCGCAUGUGGCUGGGUUUCCAUAUUUAUAUGGUUUCUAA